AUGGAGAACCUUUACAAUGACAUGGAAGAGUAUGGGAAAAUUGCUCAACUGUAUGCGGAAAAAAAACAAAGAAAGGAAAAAAGGAAAGGAAAACUCGAUGAUGGGAUAGACGAAGAUAUAUUAUGGAUGUAUGAAACAAAAGAAGAACAAGAAAUAAAAGAGCAAGAAGAGUUUUUAUUAGGCAAAAAAAUAGAUAUGAAGAAAUUAAUGGAAGAAGAAGAAGAGAAAAAAAAGCAAACUAGUAAUAACAAGAGUAACAUAGACCAUUUAAGUAAACUAAGAGAGGAUCCAUUAACUAUUAUUAAAAAAAUGGAAAUGCAAAAAAAAAAAAUCAUAGAUGAGCAAAAAAGACUAUUAGAUUUACAAAAAUAUAAAGAAAAUGAUAAAACGAAAUAUUCAAAUAAAAUGUAUAAAAGGAGAAGUUCCACAUCUUCAAUAAGUGAAAGAGAAAUGGAAUACAGAAAAAUGAAAAAAAAGAGAGAAAAGCACAAGAGAGAUGAAAAAAAAAAAAAUAAUAAUAAUUCAAGCACAGAUAUGGAUAAUGAAAAUGAAACGGAGGAUGAAUAUGUAAAAAUAAAAAAACAUAGGAAAAGGAUGGAACGUGAACAAAGAAAAGAAAGAUACAAAAGGGAUAGAAGAGACCAUACAGAUAGAGACUUGUAUAAAUCUGAAUAUAAACACGAUAAUAAAGCUAACGAAAACCAUAAAGAACAUUAUAGGCACAAAAAAGAAAGACGUAGUAAAAGCAAGGAAAGGGAACGAUAUAAGAAGAAAUACCGAGAAAAAUAUAGGGAUAUUAAAGAUGAAACCAAACAUAAAUAUCGAACAAAAAAUACUAGUAUAGACCGAUAUUCGCAUAAAAAAAAAGAAUAUGAAAUGGAAAGAAUAAAAAAAGUAAAAGAAAAUUUAGAUAGUAAGGAUAGUAACAGUCAAAGUGGAAGUAGUAGUAAGAGCAGGAGUAGAAGUGCUAUGUACCAAACUAGUAGUAGUAGUGAUAGCAAGGAAGAAAAAUAUGCACGAAAGAAAAGACAUGAAAAAUCUUCAAAAUAUGGCUAA